AUGCUUGAUUCCGACAUUGUUUCCCAAUUGUAUGUAGUCGUUAAUGGGAAGCUGGUGACGCAAGAACGUCUCUACAAUAUCCACAUGGCAGAAUCUCCCAAUUGUGUGGGUUGUAACACAGUAGACUCUGACGAGUACCGCCUCAGCUGUCGGAACCGGUGGUUCCCCGAGUCUCCACGCUGGCUGGCGUGCAGGGGUCGCGAGCAGGAGGCGCUGGCCGUUGUGCGUCGCAUAGCAGCCACCAACGGCUCCACGGUGCCCCCGUUCGCCCUGCAGGUGAUCCAGACCGUGGGCAAGAGCAAGACAGACAGGAGGGGCUUCCUGUGCACCUUCUCCAGCUGGAACGUCAUCAGGAACACAGUAAUCCUCAUCGUUGCCAGGUCGGUGUACCUGCUGACUAUGUUCUCACCAGUGAUAGCGGUGAGCCAACUGAGCGCGAACCCUUUCCUGGGGAUAGUGGCUCAAGGGGCGGCCGUUUUCGCUGCCUUCUACGUGGUGAACUACUUUGGAGCGAGGUUCGGUCGCCGUUGGCCCAGUGCAGCCAGUGCACUCUUGGCCGCACUGGCCUGUGUCCUCAUCUUCUGCCUGUUCACUGCACACGUCGAGGGCGCACCCGUCGUGGUGGGGACCUUGCUGAUGCAGUUCAGCACCACUGCCAACAUGAGCAUGACCAACCUGCAGAGCAUCGAGCUGCACCCCACGUGCCUUCGCCAGAUCGCAACCAGUGUCGAAUGGGCUGUCGCCGGGGUUGUCAUGUCUGCUCUGCCCUACUUGGCGUUGAUGGAUGACAAGCGACUUCCCUUCGCCAUCCUCGAAGCUCUCAACUUUGUGGUAGCGUUUUCCGUGUCGUUCCUGCCGGAAUCUGCGCUGCAGCGAUUACCGGAGACGUUACGGGACGGUGCCGUCUUUGGCAGAGGACAGCGCUACUGGAGCUGGAAACCCAAACCAACACCAGAGUACGCCAAGGGAUAAAAGAGUUCCAGAAGUUCCUUUUAGUUUAGAAGGAUUAUUAAGGUGACGGUUGCAAUCUUCGACUUUUGUUUUCUGACGGUGCACAGGAAUUGCUCGGUCUGCUAUGGGUGAUUAACAGUGUACUUUCUGCUGUAUUUCUGAUUUGUGAACACUAGCACGAAAACUAAGGCUGACCUGGAGCAGAUUAUAAAUUUCUCACUGGUGCAACUCGUGACUCCUCAGUUUUUUCA